CGUCCACCUCCUCUUGCACGCCCUCGUGAAACAUCCGCAACUAACCGUGUCGUAAUCGCCGUGCGAGAAAGACCCGAGUGUCAAAAAAGCGCACGUAAAUAACGAACCCGCACCCGAAAAGCUGGGCUAUCUGCUUUGAUCCCUGUUUGUACUCUGUUACCGCGGCGCACCACACACGCUGUGCCUCGAAAGGCGCACUGUUUGCAAAAUACCUCCGCCGCAGUAGUGAUUUGUUAUGAACGGUGCAUUAAAAUGAGUGAAACAAGUUGUCUUUAUUUUGUGAAUGCAUUCGAUGCCCGCAGCGACGGGCAGGUUCGUCAGAAACAGUGUAAUCCUUUGCUGCCUCGCUCGCGGAAUCACCGUAAAGCGAGCCGCGCAUAAACCGGCACAAGGAUCCGACCUUGUGCACGCGUUAGCCGGAAGGAAAUGUGAAUACUCACGCACAGCUAGAACAAAGUAGUAUAUUGAUCAAGCCCGAGCAAUAUCAGGCUCGAAACUGAUCAGCUGAAACCGUUGCCGUUUUGGCACACGCCAUUGCUACGAGGAAACUGAAGGAUUUCAUUCGGCCCAAUUCAGGGAGCUAAAAGCUGUGAAUAAACGUUUACCAAACCGCUCGAGCUCAACGAGCGCCGAUCGCGCACGUCGAAGGAAGCGGAAAUCAAUCCCAGGGAUCAUAUACAGAGUAUCGGAGGAGUUUAACGAUACAGCAACGCGAUCAGCAAGUUGCUACUCAUAGGACACACCUCAUACACACCGUCGAGGUAACAAACCAGACACAACAAAAAACUACACUCUUACACCAAAGGCAAAGGCUAUCGUAAUGGGUAACUGCAUCGGCAUCAACCGGAACGAUGAAACGCUGGACACUGGAUCAAAUAAUGUUUCCCGACCAGUUACGGGAACGACAUCCAGCUAUGUCGGUGUUCAGCGCAAAAAUCAUCCACUCUGCCACGAGACAAUACGCUGGAAAUCGGAAGUGCCAUUAACGGAAGGGCAGCUAAGAAGCAAACGAGAUGAAUUCUGGGAUACUGCUCCCGCUUUCGAGGGACGGAAGGAGAUUUGGGACGCGUUGCGGGCGGCUACCAGUGCUGCUGAGGCGCUCGACUUUCAGCUUGCCCAAGCGAUACUGGAUGGUGCCAACAUUUCGGUCCCCAACGGAUACCUCACAGAGUGUUACGACGAACUUGGCUCACAGUAUAAAUUACCAAUCUACUGCUUAUCAUAUCCUGUCAAUGUUGUUAAGGAAGAUUACGGGUGUGACUCACCAGCCGAAUACUCGGAACCAGUUGAUGGUGGUACUGAAGUGACCCUAAAACUUCGCCUAUCAUCGACAUGUACAGAUGUUAGGCUACCAGUUUAUUCUAAAGACACUAUUGGGCAAUGUAAAAAGAAACUUCAGGCUCAGGAGGGAAUCGAUGCAUUUACUCAGCGAUGGUUCUACGGUGGUAAAUUGUUAGGUGAUAAAAUGCACAUCGAUGAGGCCCACAUACAGCCCGGAUACAUUGUGCAGGUCAUUGUAAAUACUGAGAAGCAAUCGUCACUAGCCAUCAGCUAGCCGGCGGUAUCGUUAGAUAGAUGGCGCGGAGGCACAUCCACCAUACACAGCGGCAUUGGGUGCUUCUUUCUAGCAUGCGACCAGUGCGCGAAAUCUGUAAACAAAUCCUGUAUCUUAUCGGUCGCAUUGCACCCGUUUGUCGUUCCAACAAGGGUGGCUGUAGUAGUGUUACUACUACCGCUACUGUUGGAAGCGUUGGCGAAGCAAUGCCAGAAAAUGCGUGAAGAAAAAUGUAGAUUAAAUGUUAUUGCUAGGAAAUGCUGCUACAAAAGCAUCCUGUUCGGAUGCACUGUACACACAUUACGUUGAUACAUAUAUACUUGACCGCAUAUAUACAUCUACACACAUUAUAUAAAGGCAUGAACGUAAUUACUCAUAGAACCAACCCCGGAACGCAAUACUAAUCCGCACGAUUAGAAAACAAUCAAAAUCUACUGGGAUCCAACACUCGGAGUGCAAAUACUAGAUGCGUUUCCAUUAUUAUUUUUUAUUUGCUAAACAGUGCAGGCAGACACGCAAAAUUGAUAAAAGGGAUCUAAAAAGAAUUGCAGUCCGAAUGCUCCGUUGGAUGGCUUGUAAUCAUGAGUAUCCCGUGGCGGAUGUGGCGCCGCAUUCGAAAAAGAAAAGUCAAUGUGCUUUUAUGUCAGCACGUGCAAAAUUUGCAAACUAUUGGAAACCAAGUGCAACAGUACACCACUAGCGCAAAUGCAAUACUACUUGUAUGUGAGCGUCAUUAGUGGAGGAUAAAUAUUGAUAUUAACAAGGUUUACUUUAAGCGAACUGAUAGUUAUUAAUUUUACCAACAGGCAGGCUAUACAUAUACAUUUAUGAAUGAGCUAAACAAAAAUAUAUUUGGAGAUAACAGCAA